CUCCGAGCAUUUGACACUUGUAUUAACUAGUACCUUAUUCUAGCAAAUUUUCUUAAUUUCGACGAUGCAUGUAAACGUAUACAUGAUAUGUGGUAUUUAAUUAAUCAUCUUAUUAAUGCAUAGUGUAUCAGUUUAGUACAUCAUUCUUUAAAUGCAUUGCAGAAAUUAAAACAAUUUAAUAGCAAGUUUAUAUAGUUAGUACGCGUAUUAAGUGCUCGGCGUCUAGGCCAAUGUUAAGGAUAGCUGACUCAGCUGUUGAGAUGAUAUGGCCAUCUUACAUUCCACAAUGCUCAACUUUUCCCCUCCAUAGCGACUUGCGUACAUAAAUUUUUCAGGCUAAUCUGGGGAGCUAGCGCUAGCAAUCAAGCAGUGGCUGUAGUAGUUGCUAGUAGUCUGGUGUACUAUAGAAGUCUGUGAUUAUUUGAUGAUUCCAACGAGCACGUAUAAACCUGACACGUAAUAGUAAAUUGUAUCUGCGCGAUAAGAAUCCUUCCGUCAUCAGUGAACGAAGCUACUUAUUCAUUGUCAUUACGAUGGGAAACGAACGUAAUUAUGGUGACAGCAUAGUGCACGAUUUGCAAGAAUUAACCAGCGAAGAUAAAAAAUAUGCGGCGGAACAUUUAACGGAAACCGAUGAAAAUAGAGAGGACGCCAUCGCGGAAAUUAGAUGUUGGAUCGAGGACGAGUUGCGCAUUCAAAUCGAUAAUUUUCUUAUCCUGCGAUUUUUGAGAGUUGGCAAGUUUAAUCUCGAGAAAACUAAAACCAGGAUACAAAACUAUUGUAAGCAGCGAUCCGCUUUACCUGAAUGGUACCUGAAUAAGGAUCCGUUUCAACCGGAAUUACAGGAGUUGCUUGAUAUAGGGGUGUGUUUGCCUCUGCGAAAACUGGAUAGUCGAGGAAGAUUGGUUCUCAUCGUACGCUACACUCGACAUGACCCGACAAUACACAAAUUAACUGACGUAAUUAAGAUAAUUGUGACAAUGCUAGAGCUAACGAUGAGGAAUAACGCCACAGCAUCUGUAUAUGGUAUCACACUGUUUCUUGACAUGGUCAAUCUAUCAAUCCGUCACGUAGCUAAAAUGUCACCUUAUGUAAUAUGGAAUGGAGUACACGCGUGGAAGAAUUGCUAUCCUAUAAGGGUGCAAUCGAUGAACUUUAUCAAUGCGCCGACAAUUUUCGAUGGUAUUGCCAGAAUUAUGAAAUCUUUCCUAACGGAGAAGAUGAAGAACAGAUUUCACGUUUACUCACACAUGUCGCUGAGCUGCUUUAAGGAUGUCCCAAGAGAUAUCUUGCCAAUCGAGUAUGGGGGAACUGAUGGUACACUUCAGGAAUUAACUGAUUAUUGGAAGAAAUUGGUCGAACAGAAUCGUGACUGGAUUAUGAGUGAUGAAAAUGUUAAAAUCGAAGGUAAAAGUUGAUAACAACGGUCUUAGCCCCAAUGAUUUAGAUCUUAAUCAGAGAGAAACCCGAGAGAGGAGCCCAUGGCAGCCUUUUAAUGAAAC